CUAACAUGAUUUUGAGAAUUAAUACAUGCAAUGAAACGGACAAUUGUUUUCAAAAGCUGAAUGAAAGGAAAGUUUAUAUUUGUGUAUUGCUUCGUGUACAGUACUUCCAAGGCAGCGGGGGGACGUGGACCUGAAAUGGUGGAGUAUGACGAAUAACGAAAAUCACGGCGUCUUGCCGCCUAUACUUCAGCGUCAACCACGCCCCGUUACAAGGAAGCGAAGGGAACCAGCUCCCACACAGUUUCAUCAACCACCCGGAGAAGAACAAAGUGCCAAUCGUAAAUCACUAAGAAGAGGAAGUGACAUCAGAGAUUCGUCACCCCGAACGUCACUUUUAUGGAACAGACGACAGGAAUCACCCCGCCAUGUAUUCUUGAGGAGACCAGAGACAAAAAAUACAACCUUUCGUCCUCGAACAGCAAACUUUACAGUCAACAAGAGAUCGCCUCAAAGGACGGAAGAAAAAAGUAGUAAACGAACUUCUCCCCCUAGAAAAAACGGACCAAACACCUCGCUCAGAAGAAGGGGUGGCGAUCCUGAAGUCAAUGAACGAGCUAAUGUUACUCUUCGACUACCGCGAAUACAGACUGCUAAGCACAAGAAUAGGAAAAUGAGAAAUCUUGAAAGUGGUGAUGUCAAACAGACUAUCGUCAUCAGUGACUCCAAUGUGGCAAUAAAAGGAAACCAGACGAUAAAUAGGGCGCGGCAGAGGGGACCAACAAAACAAAGAAAAUUUCUUAAGGAUCUGCGACCUCGGCGUGAUAUUCUGGAGGAAGAAACACUGGCCACGCUGGAAGACGUGAACGAUUAUCUGCUGAAUUAUAUAACAACAAGAGCUUACAUAAACUCGAAAGAAAUUCUUAACAGAGAAAAAUUUCUGCUGAUCAGAUCAAAACCCGGAGAUGGUUGCUCUUCCAUUGGAUUAAAACUUUUGCACGAUUUCACACGUGCAAAUCCCCCUAAAACUCCACUCCAAGUCACUGAAGUUAUUGACUUCGAUGAAGCAAUUGGAGGAAAAAACACCGCUAUUUUCAUAGAUGAUUUGUUUAAUCUAGAUAUGGUAUCCCUUGAACACAAGAAAGAAUGGAUUGAAAAGCUCCAACGCCUUGCAACUGCAUUGCAGGUUAAAAGCAGAAACAACUACGUUAUCAUCACGAUGCGUGAAGACGCUUACGAACGUUUGCCAAACUUCCUUCGCGACAGUAAGCUUUUCAAGUCCGCGUUGAUUGAUAUAAGUCACGAGGACAAUAAUCUUACAUUUCAGGAGAAAACAGAUUUCUUAAAUCGGUAUGUCCUUCCCUAUGCUCCUCUAUCACCCUUACAAUCCACAGAGCUGCUCAAUGUCUCUCUUCCAUUUGGCUUUCCAAAAUGCUGUGAAAUUUUUCAAGACAAUCCGUUAUUUCAUAAAAGUCCUUUCGACUUCUUCCGUGAUCCGCAAAUCUUUAUACAGGGUGAAUUAGAAGUUAUUCUCUCGGAAGAACCGUGCAGAUUGGCACCACUCGCUCUCGUUCUUCUUGGCAAUGGAGCAAUCUCAGAGAAACAACUCCAUAAUAUCGAAAGGAAAGGGAACGAUGCCUUGUGGGAUAAACUUGAAGAACAUUACGAAAACCUGAUCACGUGCGAAAGAAAGCAGUUAAAAUAUUUCGCUCACGACGCAAGAAAAACGUUUUUGCAAUUUGAUCGAAACACCAAUCAGUUCACGUUUAGUCAUCCAUCUAUUCAAAGAGCCAUGGCAUGCAUAUUAGCCAGAGUAGAUUUGAAGCCUGUGAUAAAGCAUUGUGAUUUGUCACUUCUUCCGCAGAUGCGGACUAAAAGUGAUUUAUGCAGAUCGAAAGACGAAGUUCUUUUAGAUAGUAGAUGCUUCAAAACUUUGAGUAAGCAAAUUUGCAAAACAAUGGCAAAUAGAGACAAGGUAUAUUUCGAUUUGUUAUCCAAAAUGUCUGUUUGGGAAGAGAGAAAAUUCGUGCUAUCCUUUGCCAAUUUUCUUAAGCAAAAUACCAAAGAGGAAAUUUUUUCUUCACAAGACGUUUCGAGUAAAUUGCUCAUAGAAUAUGCGAUGCAGAAUGACAAACACAAGUCAGUUGAAAAUAUGUUAUUUGUUGCCGGUAAGACUGGAAAGAGCAAAUGCUGGCUAGACAUAGCUUGUGAAAACAACCAACGUCUAGCAAUAAUGCUUCUGCGAAACAACAUACAGCCUGAUAUUGAGACGAUCCAGUGUGGAAUUAAAGGCAAAAAUCCAAAAAUACUCCGUGAAACUUUGGAACAUGUUGGAAUGAACUUUGACCGAUUUGAACGCAGACAGAGUAAAGUUGCUGACAAUUUCUCUUCUGAUGUUACUAUCGCAGACGAAGCGUGCCUGUCUGGUGAUAUCGACGUUGUACGCACAGUGACAGAGUAUUUUCCCGAACUUGUGAAUUCCAGAAAGGAAGCUAGUUUUCUUGUUUUGAUUAAAGCGGCCAUUACCGGAGGGAUUUGUGAAAUCGUGAACAGAAUGGUUGACUUGGGAGUUAAUGCAAGUUCCUCUAAUCAAGACCACUCAGGGCAAAAUAACCGAGUUGUCUUUUGUAUCGCUUGUAAAUAUGGAGAGACUGAAAUUGCAAAAUACUUCGGUAGUGAGGACGGUACUCUUUUUACUUCAAGGGACAAAAACAACCACACACCAUUGCAUUCAGCGGCAAUUGGUGGAACAAAGGAACUUGCGGAGUACCUCAUUAGAGGUGGAGUGGACCCGUUUGCAGUGACAGUGAAGCAGGCAACAGCUCUUCACCUUUCUUGUGCUAGUGGUAACCUUGACAUUGUCACCCUCCUUGUGGAUAACUAUCCAACUCUUAUUGAAAUGGAAGACAAGAAAGAAGCUACCCCAGUACAUUAUGCCACAAGAGGGGGAUCUAUUGAAAUUCUUACUCUUCUCGUAGAAAGACAGGCAGAUAUCGCGAAAGUAACCAGGAAAGGAGAAUCCAUAUUGCAUGUGUCGUGUCAUCGAGGAUACAUAGAAAUAGCAAAAUUCAUCACUGAGAAGUGCCCCGAGUUGUCGUCUGCUACAACCAAAGAUGGUAAGACAGCGCUCCACUUUGCCUGCACCACGGAUGACCUUGACCUCGUAAAGUUCCUAGUAGAGGAUCUUCAUCUUAACCCUCUGCAGGAGACCAAUGCCGGAGAAACCUCCUUACAAAUGGCGACAGGAUAUGAAGUCAAAAACUAUCUUCAAAGUGUCUGCCUGUCUAAGAAACCCUCUUGCAAUUCAAGAAUUGGCCCCAAUGUGUUUGAAUCCGUAAUUUGAAAAAGGAAGAGACUAUGAUGAUAAAAACUUAUGAAGUUCUGACAUACAUAUCUGAAGCUGUGUUUUAUAGAGAACGAUGUAGAUUUUUGAGAAUAGCGUUUUGGAUUACUGUUAUAUUUCCGUGUUUGUGUUCAAUGGUUUCAUUUGGGAUAAGAUCAAGUAACAUCAUGUAAAGAGCCAAACACCCGAGUAACGUUCGUCUAGUGUCUGCUGUAAACUAUUCUUCUCAUGAGUUCCAUUUCAAAUUGGAAUACAUUUGGCACAGCAUAUUCUAAAGGUAAAUUGAAGGGAUUUAGGUUUGUUAGAUGAAUGAUCAUAUCUCCUCCCGAGGGGAGAUCAUCAAGAAAUACAGUAAUCGUUUGGUUGUAUAUUGUUUAACUCCCGCUCGAGAAUCUUGAACUCAUAUUGAGACGUCACCAUUGCCAGUGAAUCGUUUGGUGUGGGGUCACACAAUAAUAGAUCCAACAUUUAAUUUAUUCUAGCAUGCGUGAUGGGUCUCAUGUUGACACGUUGUUGUUCUAUCAUUAGUCUGCGACACAGUACUUAUUGUCAUAUGUAUAUUCCCAUUUGUUUGGCUUGACGAGAGUGGACCACCCUCUAUACACAUUUACCCAUUGUGUUUUUCUAGAUGUUUUACAAGAAAUCAGUUUUCUUACGAUCUCGCCUGUACAUUUUUCUUUCAAUAUAUCUUGUUUGUUAUCAGAAAAUAAAAUGUUAAUAUCUAUGAAUUACUCUAUUGAUAAAAAGGUUAAUAUUUGUACAUGUGUUGAUCAAACAACUACUCUAUGUUCAAUGGAUACACACAAAUCCGAGAAAGUUUGUACCAAAUGGUUUUUUCUAUUUAUAAUAAUUCCUUGAUUUCCUGUUUAAUUUUCACUCACUCUAUAUGGUUAUUAAUGUACAAAGCAAGAGUGGCAAACAGAACACGGUUCCUCAAUUAAUGGCGUUUGACAAGAGUAGUAACUCUCAGAGAUUAGAAAACACACUUUUUAUUAUGAAAAUGCAAGGGAAAACUUUCUAUUGUUGUUUUUUAUUAAAAGGCUACACCAAGACAGGGUACUUUAACUGAAGUUCUUGAUAUGUAUUUCAUUUGAUAGAUAACAAGACAAAAAAGACAUGCAAGCUCUAUUAAUAGAUAACCAUAGUCAUCGACAUUUCCCUAUCCCAUGUGUAUCACAGAUCCUUCGGACUUUCGUAGCUGCCUUUAGUCGGAAACUCUAAACCAUCUCCCGGAAGUGGUGACGGAAUGAACGGACUAAUCCAAGACACACGCCAUUUCUUUCCUAAAAUUUGUCUUAGAUUUUCUCGCAGUCCAAGGUCAUACGUGAAUAUCCCUCGUCGCCGUUCGUACGUCGUCAUGUUAUGACAGACGUUUUUAGUGUGCCAGAUGGCCAAAAUAGUCAACAUCAAUGAAAACAGGGUGACAAUGAAGGACAUGAAUACUGUAUAUGCCUUGUAGAAGUUGAAAAUUCCCAAGAAAAACAUAACGAUAGGGAAAAUGAACCCCAGUAUAUUAUAGACUGAGAAAUCUCCGAGCAUUUCCCAAGCGAGACUUAGACUUAUACUGGAAGUAAAUAUGGCGAGCAAUAGUGAAUAGAACAAAAUUGUCAGGUAGUAACGGUAGUUAAAGUAACCUAUACAGCGGCCCGUGUAAAUGCAGUGAUGGUCACGCUUGAGCACACAGCGGUUACAGAUUGCACAGUGGUAAGAUCUAGGUGGCGCGUUGGUCUGACAGCCAUAACAGUAUGUCCAGCCUACAAAAAAUAAUAAUGAUAAUACCAAAUGAAACCCUGCAGAAAUUUAUACAAGAUUGACUGUAAGAGAUAAAGAAUUAUCCCUAUCAGAGUUGGUUCAACUCCAACACUCGUCUGUUCAAGUCUAUUUUCCUUUCACAAAUAUUAAAAACGUUAA